ACAGGGUAAACUGCAGGGGCGCUCUUUUCCUUUCUCUUGAUGAACGUGGUAACGAUGAGAGCAGGAGCCGCGAUUCCGAGAAAUUUUCCUGGAUCAUUAGGACGACCUCCGCUGAGUCGUCGGGCAUCUUCCGUAUGCUGCAGCAUUGCGUCGAACGGAGUUGUGGCUGGGGUUACUUCAACAUCUUCUAGCAGCUCCUCCUCUACCUCUUCGUCGUCGUAUUCGACCUGUCGUGUCGCACCAGUUUCGUGUCCAUCUUGCUGCACUACAACUAGCCCCUCCCAUCUGGUGGUGCACAGGUCUUGUCGCGCGGUCUCUUCACUCGCUCAACAACCCGGUUGUGAGCACGAGGGUGACGCGCUCUCCGCAUUGGACACACCUGUAGCUACAAGUGGUCUUCUUCGUAAUAGCGGGGGGUCCUCGUCCGGCAGCACUGGACAUCAUGUUGCUGCACAUGCUGGACAAGAAGCUCGUGGAAGUAGCGGAGGACGAUCACGAGUUUCGAACGAUGAAGGGAGAGAUCAUGGAAGAGCGAUGUUUACAUAUGAAAAAGCAAGCAGCAGCAGCAGCAGGAUAAAUCCGCCGCCAUUGCAGCAGCACGAUCAACCAUAUGUCGAAGAGUCUAGUUCUACUCCUGCAGAUGCAAGAACCUCCAACGUGCGAGGACCUAAACACGGAUACGACCGUUAUUUGCGGAGCGGUCAGGGCAGAACUAUUGCCGUUGCGGAAGAUGAAGAUCCUUACCUUCUCCGUAGAAAUAGGAACAAGGAUUCCCAUGGAGGUCUUUGGAAUAGUAAAGGGAAAAAGCGCACUGAAGAUGAGGAAGUUGUUGAUCCCGAACAGCUCCAGCGGUACGAGGAGGACUUUGCUACCGGCGAAAGUUACGGGAUAGGCACCACAAGCUCGUCUAGUACUUCAACAUCUUGCGGAGGCGAUUUUUCCUCUCGUGCAAGUGCCAGCACGACCGAGGAAAUUAUCAGAAACAGAGAUUUAAGUAUGUCGAUGCAUCGUCGUGCUGCUGUUGACCAAAGUGAUGAACGAACGGAAGAUGGACAGUGUCAGGGUGCUGCGGAUCUGACUGCGACUUCCGGAAGCUCCACAACUUCCUUCUCGUCCCAUCCCUUCGCCACGGCGUCCUUCGCGUCGCAGCAGCCGCUCACGACGCCAAAGCGGUGUCUCGGAUGC